AUUGCAGGUGCUAUAUUUGUAACAUUGGCAAUAUUUUCUGGGCGCCCAGAUCCAGAAUGGUCAAUUUCCUCCAGCGAUCCAAAAUAUGCAGAAAUUAAGCAACUUUUGGAUAAUGCCAGAACUGCUGGCUUCGUCUAUGACACUAUCCGAAUGCCACCACGACUCGGGUACAAGGGAUUUGUAGUGAAGGCCUCAAACAUGAAUAAAAGGGAAUUAAUUGUGGGUCCUAACACAGUGAAACUGCAGCAGUUACUGCUGGAGAUGGCACCAGGUGACUUGCUGCCCCAAGGACUCAAAGAUGAAGUUUUGGCUGAAAUCAAUUCAGGAAAUGUCAGGCCAGGAGAUCUGUAA